UAUGAAUGAAUUGCCCAGUAAUAUUUUUCCAAAAUUAAUAUCUGAUUGGAAUGUUGAUGAAGAUGAAGAGGAUAAUGAAAAUGAAAAAGAAUCUAUAGAGACAACAACAAAUAAUAAUAGAAAUUUAUUUCAAAACAAAGAACAGAGUAAUGUGCAAACAAUUGUGGAUAGUGCUGAGCGCGAUAAAGAAAGGGCCCACUAUCAAUGCACACAUAAUAAGCUGCUAAGUACCUCACACGUUAGACGAAUUAAAAAUGAGGCACAAUUGGCUUAUGAGAAACAAGCCCAAUAUCAAGAAGAUAUUCAACUUAGAACUAAACAUUUAAUUGAACAAUUUAGAAAAAGUAUUAGCAGAAUCGUUGAGAUGCAAUGGGGUUGGAAAAAUGAUUAUUUUCUUGGAGCCAACAAGCGAUUAAAACAGAUGGUUGGUUGCUAUGCUGAAAUUCCAUUAAUACAUUCUGAUGUAUUCUCUGCAAUUUUUAAUCUAAAGGUGAUACUGAUGAAAAUUGGAAAAAAUAAAUUUUAUUUUUCUACCUUGAUCUGGGCAUUUUUAAAAAUAGAUUUCCUCUAA